GAGAAGACUGUACAAUGGCCAAUAUUUGGAGAGCCCUCAUGCAAGAUAUCGACCCUUUGCCUUCAAAUGCCAGCCAUCACUUCAUUGGUGGUACGCCCGUAUCACGUGACCCCUAACGGUGAGGACAGUCGGCUUGAUAAUUAUGUCAGUACUCUGUCAGAUGAACAUAAAUUUCCACCAAGGCGUCGAGCAUCAUGCACAGCUCGUUCUACGACACGGCGCAGAUUGCCGGCGAGUUUUACCACGGUGCCACCGCCACGGAGUCCACCCCAGCCGCUUGUCGAAGCACCUCCACCAACGAUGGAUUCUGUUACGCCCAGAACCCGAGGUAUUACAAUAUGUACUACAACAGCAGCGCCGGGGCGGGAGAGGGUUACCCCCACCACCACCCUGCCAGCGAGCCCGUGUCCAUCCCCGGGCUGUCGGUGCCCCCUCCCCCGUCCGCCGAGCAAGGAUGCUACGGUAACAUCCUCUCGGAGGCAGCAGCGACCUCAGCCACGAGGAGUCACAGGCCCCCUUCCAACGGCAGUUCCGACUCGGCGGAAGAUGAGGAGGGGAUUGGGGGUGAGGGUUUGAAGACGGAGAGCAGCUCACGGGGACACGGAGGCGGCCACUCCAAAAAGAUCUACCCAUGGAUGACAGAGUCAAGACAGAAUGUCAAACAGAAAGUCACCUCUGCCAGUGAGAAGAAGAAACAGCUCGAGAUUGCAGCUAGCAAGCGCAACCGGACCGCCUUCACCAGUGCUCAGCUAGUUGAGCUGGAGAAGGAAUUCCACUUCAACCGGUACCUGGGCCGACCCCGCCGCAUCGAGAUGGCCGGCUCGCUCAGUCUGACCGAGCGACAGAUCAAGAUCUGGUUUCAGAACCGCCGGAUGAAGUACAAACGAGACGCCAAGGAGAGUGAGCGCGCCGAGCGGGGGAUUAAAGUCUCGGAUUCGGUGCUGGCCCGCCAGUCCGAGCGGAGUCCACGCUUUAUCGCCGCCACGGGCAGCCCGCUCAUGCUGAACUAUCCGGGCAGCGCCGGGGGAGGCGGCGGGAUGACAGCCGGGGCGGCCUCACCAUGCAUGGAUACCCGGAACUUUCCUCAUGGCGGAGGGAUAUAUAACCGCUUUGCGUACCCACAAGAACAGCUCAUGAACGCUUCGCCUAGACUAACGAAUUUGUGACGAAUUGGACUGGGCCCCACAAGCUGACUCUAAAUCUUGAAUUACUCUCUUUGUUAUAAACUCUCCUUUGUCAUCUCUAUACAAGGACUAUAGAGCGGAUCCGUAGCUAUCGUACGUGUAUGGAUGCUAUUAAGCAAUGGAGACAAAAUCAACGGUCAGCACAUUGCUACAAAAAUACACGUGAAAGCACAACAUGGCCCGACUCAUUACUGCUUAAACAAGAUUUAAACACUUUCGAAAAAGUGUCGACGCAACCAUGCACCCAUCUUAAACUUGUGCAAAGUUUCCAACUGCUGAUUAUUUCUGUAAUGGUUGGUUGAUUGCGUCGCCACCACACGGUCAUCUUGAGUUGAAAGCCUUUUCAGCCGACAUAUAAAAUACUACUACUUUUAUGCUGCUAAAGCAAUUGCGCAAAGGUUCAUCUACUGUUUAGACAGGGUUUCGAAUUGUAACUGUAUCUUCUUGCAAUAACGAUGUAAUUAUCUCGUUUCUUAAAACUGCAAUGCUGACGUACUAUUCCUUGAUAAAUGUUCGAUAUGAUCAAACGUUGAGGUCGGAAGUUAUCAUUCUUCUGUUUAAGUUUUUAUAACUUCCGCCUGCUUUUCACUUGCUAUGGUAUUUUCCACUAUCUUCCCGCAUGGCAGUUGUUUAACUGCAAUGGGUUUUUUUCUUUUAAGUAAAAUGGGCGGAUGCAAAUUUAUGUAUUGAUGGUUUUUUGGUAUUUUGAAGAAAAAAAAGUUUUCAAGUUUUUUUCUCUUGGCUGUCAAGAAAACCUAUAUUUUGAAAAUUAAGUGGAAAAAAUGUGGGAAAAAGGUAAUGUACAAGAUUUGUAAACAUAUAAAAACGAAACUAUCAAGUUAUUGUGAAAUACCUUACUCGACUGUAAGUAGGCCUUCAUGUAUAUAAUAGCCUCACACAUCCUGUGAAAUCAUUGCGCCUGGUAUGCUGUCAUUUUUAAGAGAAAUGGUAUUUUGUAUCAUUCUCCGGCCGAACCGUCUUGGAGAAAAACUUUUUUUUUCAAAUGCUGCCCCCAAUUGACAGAAUUAUGUUAGUCCACAUUUUGUUUGCAAUCGGAUACAAAUCCGUGAACGGGCGGAAGCCAGCUAGUCUGGUUCCCUGACCUGACAAUUCCCUGACGUCUAUAAAUUGUUAUUGAUUUAUAAAUCGUCUGAAGUGUCGGGUCAGGGAACGAGACCACAGGCACAACGCUUUUUUUUCUCUAGUGUUUUUUUUUCGGGCAUCCAUGACCACAUAACUUUAAACAAGUCAGUGGAACGAUUUCUGCUAUAAAAUGCCAACCCAACAAUCCGUUCAUUUCAGAAAAUUACAGCAAAAUCAAAUGUUGAAUAUUACCCUUAUACGCUCUUUCCUCCACGUCAAUUUGUUUAAGAUUGCGUAUACGUGUACAGCAAUAUUUGGCCACGAUGCAUUAAAUAACUGUGACCAUCCAAUGGCUACUGCCUUGGUAGUAUUUCCAAAUGGCAAAAGUGGGAUUAAAAGUCAUCAAAACACAGCGAAAUAUCGUUUGGAUUAUUAAGUCAAAACUCCAAAGUAGUCUCUCACGCUUCUAUUUGCAAAAUUGACUUCGUAAGACAGUCAGGUAGGUUUUGUGCUCGGAGGACCUUUUAUGUUGCAGUGUCUAAAAUCGAAAGAUGGCAAACAAUUUCUGGAGGUAUGUUUCUCGCACAAUACAAAACAAAAAAGCCCAAGGAAAAAUCAGAUCAGAAAUGAAGUGACUGAAUUCCCUACUGAAAUUCACCAAAUUUUCUCCAAGGAGUCCCUUUGUUCAAACGUCAUGAAAAUUUUCUGAAAUUGUCUCGCUUUAUUCACAGGCCAAGUCACAAGUUGAAACGUUAAUUCUCAAGCGUGUCAGAACCGUGGUAUGUAAAUAUACAUGAUUUGGACAUUAUAAGGGAAAACAGGGUAUGUUGUAGAUACUUAAAUUGUUUUGUUACAUUUCUGCGUGUCUUUGUUGUUUUGGA